AUGUCACAAACCGAAACCGAAGCGGAUGUUCCGAUUGGAAAAUCGCCAAAUCCAGCGCUAUCAUGUGAAAUGUGCCAAAAUUAUGAGAUCAAUUUAACAAAUCUUCAGAACGAUGAGAGAAAAAUCAAGGAGGAAUUAAAUGCGGCUCGACAAUUAACCGAACGCUAUGAAUCGGAUUUAUCAAAAGAGCGCGAAUAUCGAAAAGAGAUGGAGAGAAAAAUGUCGGAACUAUCCGCACAAACCAACGAUAAAGUCAAUGAGGCGGUCAAGCUCAAUUUCCAGUUGGAGCAAAAGUUGAGCGAAUUAAAAGCCAAACACGAGAAAGCCGUUGAAGCGUUCACCGAUCAACUCAACAACGCGCAUUUAACAAUAAAAGAUCGCGAGUGCGAGUUCGCCGAGUUCUUCGAGAAAUACCAAAAAUUGUUGGGCGUCAACAAAAAAUCGGCGAACCAAAUGAGCACCGAGGAGAUCGAGCUGCCCGCCGACGUUGAGCAGCUUCAAUUCAUUUGUCUGAAAACGCGAGAAGAGCUGAUUCAGGAGAAAUCGGCGAAAGAGCAUCUCGAGCAGACGUUGACCGAUGAAGUGGCAAUGUUACGAGAACAGCUAAAAGAGGAGCGAGCUGCUCGACAGGCGAGCGAUAGAGAUUACAUGGAGCAGAUCAAUGGACUUCAGACGAGUUUGGGAGUGGCGAAUAGCAAGAUCUCGUCAACGGCGAACGCUCUCGCCCAACAUGACGCCAUGCGUCGACAAAUUCACGAUUUGCAAACGACGAUCGGCGAGCUGGAGGACCAGGUGAAGCAAGUGCAGAACGAGAGAGCCGCUGUCGAGAUGACCGCGCAAAACUACAAGCAACGCUGCGCGAAUCUUCAAAACGAGCUCGAGACGUCCGAAAUUGUGCAAAAAGAUUUUGUGAAACUUUCGCAAAGUCUACAAAUCGAAUUGGAGAAGAUUCGACAAUCCGAGCAGGAGGUUCGAUGGCAAUGGGACGAGGACGUUGAAAAAUGCACAGGAUGUGAGACAUCUGUUGUAAAAUUGAAGCCAAGGCCACACUGUAUGCAUUGCGGAAAAAUAUUCUGCACUAAUUGCUUGAAUCAAGUCGUCAAAAGUGGUCCGAAUCAAAGGCCGGCGAACGUGUGCCACGUGUGUCACACAUUGCUCAACCCAGAUUCGAAGCCAUUCUUCGCCACUCAGGAUGUCAAAAAAUGA